CCGCAAUCACCGAAUGCAACUAACCAAUUUCUCCGUGAUUUAAUGGGCUCUGGGCCCAUCAUCGUGUUAUCAAGGCCGUAGGCCUCUUAACAUUUUUGUAAGCCGAACGAACAGCAGCAAGAGGAAAGAGGAGCAGCGCGCCGAUAUGGGGGCAUACAAGUACGUGUCGGAGCUAUGGAGGAAGAAGCAGUCGGAUGUGAUGAGGUUUCUACAGAGGGUGAGGUGCUGGGAGUAUCGCCAGCAUCCUUCGAUCGUCCGAGUUACUCACCCAACUCGCCCUGACAAGGCUCGUCGCUUGGGUUACAAGGCCAAGCAGGGCUACGUCGUUUACCGAGUGCGUGUGAGGCGUGGUGGAAGGAAGAGGCCAGUUCCUAAGGGUAUUGUGUAUGGGAAGCCCACAAACCAGGGUGUGACUCAGCUCAAGUUCCAGCGUAGCAAGCGAUCGGUUGCAGAGGAACGUGCUGGGAGGAAGCUUGGUGGACUCAAGGUUCUCAAUUCCUACUGGAUCAACGAGGACUCGACAUACAAGUACUUUGAAGUUAUCCUGGUUGAUGCUGCGCACAAUGCAAUUCGCAACGACCCAAGGAUCAACUGGAUAUGCAACCCAGUCCACAAGCACAGAGAGCUUCGUGGUCUCACUUCUGCAGGAAAGAAGUACAGAGGUCUCAGAGGAAAGGGUCACUUGUACCACAAGAACAAGCCAUCGAGGAGGGCAACCUGGAAGAGGAACAACACACUCUCUCUGCGUCGCUACCGUUGAUCUACUGUUUUCUAGGUUGUUUGUUCUUCGCCGUAGGAUUAUCCCAAGUAUGAAACACUUAAAAGUGCUUUUGGAUUUGUGUGUUCGCUGAAGUAAUUUUACUUUGUUGAGAUCUAUGGUGAAUUUGUUUGCGGUUUCAAUCUAUUUAUACUCGAUAGGCCAGUCGCAUGUCUUUAUCGUUAAUAUUUGGUAUUGGGCAGAUUCCUUCAAUGAUUCAUUCCAUC